CGACUCCAAGCGCACGAUGACCCACACGAUGACCACCGCAGACGUUGGCUGGGAAGAGAACGCACCCACUCACAUGGAUUAAUUCUUUCCCUUCGAUGCGCGGAAGCAUCGAUUUCCCACGCAGCGCGCCAUCAUUCUUUGACAAUGGGCGGAGUUGGAGGACAAUGGCAUUUUGAUUGGCCCACCCUCGUGGUGUACAAUGGUCGCCUUUGUCCUUUAUAUAAGGUGUUUUUCAGCGGCGGCCAAGCGAACUUCCCUCCCACUUCCCUUCCUCCGCACCCUCAACAUGCAUUACGAACUUCCCAUUGGCGCAUUUUUGUCUGCAAUCAUCGCUCUCGUUCCAUUGCCGUGGCAUUGGCGUGCAGGAAAUGUCCCCACUCUUACGAUAAUCGCCUGGCUCUUCUAUUCGAAUAUCAUGCUGGGUGUGAACUCAAUAUUAUGGGCCGGGAACAUCGAAACCAAAGCACUCGUUUGGUGCGAUAUCGCCACCAAGUCUCAAAUCGGUGCCGGAAUGGCACUGCCCGCUUGCUGUCUCUGUCUCUGUAUUCAGCUAGAACGCAUCGCGUCAGUGCGUCAAGUCCGGACCUCCACCGAGGAGAAGCGUCGUCGAAUGUACCUCGAAAUCGCUCUCUGCUGGGGUCUCCCUGUUCUUAGCAUGGCUCUUCACUACAUCGUUCAAGGACACCGUUUCGAUAUCGUCCAGGAGUUUGGAUGCCGACCCUCCAUAUAUGUUUCCCUAGCUGCCAUCUUCCUCGUAUACGUCCCUCCCCUCACAGUUGUACUUCUCACGCUGUGCUUUGCCACCGUGGCACUGUACCACUUCUUCCGGCGCCGCUUGACUUUCGCAAGACACCUGGCGGACAAGAAUGCGGCGCUUACCCCGUCACGCUACUUUCGGCUCAUGGCAAUGUCUCUUGUCAUGAUGCUUUGGACGACCUUCAUCACCGUGACCAACAUGCUCCUCACGAUUAAUAUGCCCCUGCGCCCGUGGAUCUCGUGGCAGAACGUGCACAGCAACUUCAGCCGAGUCGGAGUCUUCCCGCACGUCUUCAUCCCAGCGACGACUUGGAGGUGGACCUUCUUCGUCUUUUGGUCCAUCCCUAUCACGACGAUCCUGUUCUUUUCUUUCUUCGCCUUUGGUCAAGAAGCCAUGAAGGAGUAUCGCGCGUGCUUCACCGCAGUCCGCCACCUCAUUCAGGUUCCAUACACAAAGAAGCAUCCAGAGGGCCUACCAAGCGUUGCCCGUUUUCCUCACACCGAGCGCAAGAUGUUUGUCGUUUCCGACUUCAAUCCACACGCUACAGACAUGGCGACGAACACCACCAAGUCAGUGUGCGACGACAUUCCACUUACCCCCCACUCGACGACUUCUUUCUCCACAUGUGCUCCGUCUUACGACUCGGUCUCCAUUCCCGACAAGCUCGCCCCACACUUCUCUGACGAGGGCCAUAUAUCUCGGAUGGCUUGAAGUCUCCGUACUGAGAACGCUACAUUCAUUACUGUAUCAUUAGCUUCACGCACGCCACGAUUUCGCACUUUUUAUCUACUUCGUUGUUUAUGCCAUGUAAAGUACUUGCCACGAAUCAGAUUUUCUGAUGAUGAACCUAUGAGAACCUGAGCACAACACACGAAACAUACUGCAUGUCUAGAGAUUGCGGGUGCUAUUCCCC